GGAGAGGAAAAGGAAACAGUUAACAGUUGAUAAAAUUGUUUGAUUUAUCAAAGAAAGAAACUAUGAAGAAGAAGGGAUCAACAGAUCUCAUCAACAAGAACAUUGUGUCUGAAGAAUUCCUUGAAUUCAAGAGGAAGAAAAAAUGGGGUGAUAAGUUGACAGGCUAUAAGUGCUUUAUGUUGUAUCCAAGGUCACUCUUCAUCACCUUGGGUAAUCGUGAAUACUGGACUUGGAAUUGUUUUGAGGAAACUGGUGAUGAAAACAUUGAAGUAGCCAAACUAUCUCAUGUAUGUUGGCUGGAUGUGAGAGGAAAAUUGACAAUGUCAGAUCUGUCCCCGGAGGUUGAAUAUGAGAUUGUGUAUGUGAUGAAGUUGACAAAAGGGGCUUCUGGUUGGGAACUCCCUAUCAGGCUUAAACUCUCUCUCCCAGAUGGAAGAGUUCAAGAACGCCAAGUUUGCCUUUUGGAGAAGCCUAGAAAACAAUGGAUGGAGCUCAAUGUUGGCAAUUUCCAGUCCAAGGAUGGAGAAUCGGGAGAAGUUUGCUUCGAUCUUUUUGAGCAUGGAGGACAUUGGAAAACUGGACUUAUAAUUAAAGGUGCCAUCCUUCGGCCAAAACAGAGUUGACUCUUCGAAGCUUGAUAGAAUAAACAUCGAAUAAUAGUUUGCAUCUUUGUAGUAGAUACUUGUGAUAAAAGUUUUUUUAUUUAUUUAUUUAUUUUUAUUUUUUAUGAACGAUACUUUGUGAUAAAAGUUAUGUCCCUAGAAUUAUUUUAUUGUAUAUUAAUCAGUCAUGCCAUAUAUGCUUGUUAAGUCUUGCCACACAUUGGCUGUAUUGGAUUUUUUUUGUUU